AUGGUCACAGCCCCCGCAGUCACCUCCGAAGCCUUCUACCGGCUGGUGACGGAUCCAAGCCCGUCACUCCUUGUGACUGCCGUUCUGGGGGCACUCAUUGUGCUGGGCUUCCUGUCGUUCAAGUCUAGGGGUAGUGAGAAGGUUCUUCCAGGCGUGCCAGAACUCAAGGGAAUUCCCAUCUUAGGGGCUGCACCGAUCUAUCUCAAGCAUGGUAUGCCAGAACUGCUGGGAAGACUUAUUGCCAUGGGGCCGGACGGCAUCUCAUACGCCAAUGUGGUCGACAACAUCCUCGUUUCUGUUCACGAUCCAGACAUGGUCAAAGAAGUGCAUUCGUUCCCGGACGAUGUCGCCUCAAGAGAGGGCGCCGAAGGCAAGAUGAGUUGGUCACCGUUCUGGACUCUACGACGCCUCAUCGGCAACUCCUUGUUCAACUACGUAGGGCCGGAAGUCAGCCACCAGCGAAACGUCUUCAUACGAGAGUUCAACAAGGACAAGGCCAAUGCAGAGAAGGUGGAAACCAUUGUUCGCAUUGCUCAGACCCACGCAGAUGCGUUGACCUGCGAUGUCGACUCCGCGGACAUACCUGAUAUCAGAUAUUCUGCGGACAAUUCCGCCAUUGCUUUUUGGGGAGAGACAUUGUACGGAAAUCCUCACCGUCAUGCAAGCCUUCCGCAAACCCGGCCCGUAGGAGGGAAAGUACUUGAAUUGUCUGAGCACAUUAUCACUCUCGCUGGCAACCCAUGGCCAUCCGUAUGGUACUCGUUCCAACUCUUCUUCAUGAUGGUCACCCCUGGCGAGCCAACUCGCUCAGAGGCCGCCCUCCGACUCAAGGUCGGUAAGGUCGUCGAGGGCAACGUCACGAAACUUGAAGAGUACGAGCGCAACAAUCCUGAGGCGCCCUUGAAGACCAUUUGCAAUCUCUCCGUGAUGUCUGGCGGUGCGAAGACCGGGCCAUUGUCGAAGUUCGCUUCGGAGUUUACCAACCUCAAUCUCUUCGGUGGCCGCCACAGCAUUGGGUUGAACGUCACUUGGUCGCUCAUCGAGCUUGACAAGCAUCCAGAAUGCCUGACAAAGCUUAUGGCUGAAAUCCAUUCCGUUGACACGACCGACUUCACCUCUGUCAACUCGAAGAUGCCGUAUCUCGACGCCAUUAUAAUGGAGCUCAACCGACUUCACCCAACUGUACAUGCCACUGUUCGCGUCGUCAACAAGGAGACAAGGCUCACCUCGAGCAAGAGAAUUCCCGUCGUGCUCAAGCCAGGCAUGUUGAUUUACCUCUCGUAUUUCUACCUCCAUACCGCGGAGAAGUUCUGGGGCUCGAACUCCAUGGAAUUCGACCCUCAGCGAUUUGUAGGCGGUGAUUGGAAGGAAUCACCAUUCAUGUCCUUCGGCUAUGGGCCGCGAAACUGCGUCGGAUACAAAUUCGCCGUUCUCGCUGCCAAAGUCUACCUUGUCACUCUGUUGAAGACGUAUAAACUCGACGUACGGGACCAUGAUCACGAAAUGAAACUUGGUACUCUACUCGAGACGCAGAAGCCAGUUGCUGUCAAAGUUACUCGCCGAGGUUGAGGCGCGAUGACAUGCGGGCUGGCAUGGCUGAAGGAUAGAGUGUCGGAGUUACUCCCUACAUUGGCUGGCUACGAGGGCAUGGGUACUGAACUCUGCGUCGCCUCACCGGUAGAUGGUUAUAGCGAGAACAGAGGGGUCCGCUCAAUCCUCCACACAAGCACCUCAGUGUACCCCUGAUGUCAAAAGAUGGUCGGCGUGCCACACCUUGCACGCCUGCAUAACGAACCACAACCGAUUCGCUCAACGACGAUCAGCUCACGACUGUGGUUACACCGCUGCACAUAGCCCGUGCACCUUUCAGAUAUUCUUAUUGAGUCCUCUUCACAGAGUGACACAGUUCUGCGUU